CAGGGGGAGGAGGGGAAUGGAGAAGGGGGGAGGAAAAACACUAAAGGGGUAGCUAUGGAGAUAGAGCGUUUUCCUGGCUGCCUUCUUUGACAGGUGUUGAGAGGGGUAAAAGUCUUAAAACAGUAUCCAGCAUGUACGCCAAAGGUAAAGGAGCAGUCGUCCCUUCCGAUAGCCAAGCAAGAGAAAAGCUAGCUUUAUAUGUGUACGAGUACUUACUGCACGUCGGAGCACAGAAAUCAGCACAGACCUUCCUGUCCGAGAUACGAUGGGAGAAGAAUAUCACACUAGGGGAACCUCCUGGAUUCCUGCACUCCUGGUGGUGUGUGUUCUGGGACUUGUACUGUGCCGCUCCGGACCGGCGAGAGACGUGUGAACAUUCCAGUGAGGCCAAGGCUUUCCACGACUACAGUGCAGCUGCCGCGCCCAGUCCAGUCAUGGGCAAUAUGCCCCCAAACGACGGCAUGCCAGGUGGACCCAUGCCCCCCGGCUUCUUUCAGGGUCCUCCCGGGUCACAGCAGUCCCCUCACGCACAGCCUCCCCCACACAACCCCAACAACCCUAUGAUGGGACCUCACGGCCAGCCUUUCAUGUCACCACGGUACCCAGGUGGACCUCGCCCUUCCCUCCGCAUGCCAAACCAGCCUCCAGUUGGAGUUCCAGGAUCACAGCCACUUUUGCCCAACAGCCUGGACCCUGGAGUCAGACCGCAAGGCCAUCCGAACAUGGGCGGCCCAAUGAGGAUGAACCCCCCCAGAGGCAUGGGUGGCAUGGGCCCACAGAACUACGGUGGUGGGAUGAGACCGCCGCCCAACUCACUCGGUGGGCCUGGCAUGCCAGGGAUGAACAUGGGACCUGGAGGAAGAGGUCCAUGGCCUAACCCCAAUGCAAACUCAAUAGCGUAUUCGUCCUCAUCUCCAGGGAACUAUGUGGGCCCUCCAGGUGGCAGUGGGCCUCCAGGAACUCCCAUCAUGCCCAGCCCAGGAGACUCCACAAACUCAAGUGAAAACAUCUACACAAUGAUGAACCCCAUUGGACCUGGCGGCAACAGACCUAAUUUCCCUAUGGGUCCAGGUCCUGAUGGCCCGAUGGGUGGUAUGGGAGCAAUGGAACCACAUCAUAUGAACGGAUCACUAGGCUCUGGCGACAUGGAUGGGUUGCCAAAGAACUCUCCCAACAACAUGGCGGGCAUGAACAACCCCCCAGGCACUCCGCGAGAUGACAGCGAGAUGGGAGGAAAUUUCUUAAACCCAUUCCAAAGCGAAAGUUAUUCACCCAACAUGACAAUGAGUGUGUGAUUUUUUUUUUUCAUUUUACCUUUUGGUUUUUUAUUUUAUUUCUUUUUUAUCUCUCCCUUCCCUUGGUUACCCAUCCCUUCUUCUGCUGCAUCUCGGCUCACUCCUCCCCCCACCCCUCCACCUCAUCACCCCAUUGGGCACCCACCACCACUCCCUCUCGGACAGCGGGUGAUGCCCCACGGCCUCAUGGGAUAGCUGUGUCGCGAGCUGUGUGGCGAGCUCAGCAAGAGGAGCAGGGAGUAGCCUCAGGAGGAGCCACCUGACUGCCCCCUGCCCUACCCCACACUCCAGUCUCCUGUCCAGCCUCAUGCACUGAGGGCUCAUGGGGCGUGCCAGUCCUCCAGGAACCCUCUCAGCAAACCAGCCAAUCAGAAGCUAAGGCUGGUGGCCCUCUUUUUCAGUUUAUUUUCUUUUUGUUGUGGUUGGUUUCUUCUUCUUUUGAAUCAGAAUCAGAAGCAGAAGUUGAAUGAGCAGGUCAGACUCCUCUGAUUUGUUAGAUACAUCAAUCGUUGGGUGGAUUUUUUACAGAAAAAUGAACUGUUGAUGUAUUAGGGUGACGCUUUUCAUUUUUGUGGUCUGUAUUUUGUUGAUGAUAUUAAUGAUUAUGAUAAUUCUCACAACUGACAUUGUUAAGAUGAUGUAGGCAUAAUGUUAUGGGUUUACCUGCAAAGGGCACAUUGUAUUUCAACCGCAUUGAUGACAUAAUAAGCACACACUCAGAAAUGCACAAUGACACUUCUGUUUACAUGAUUUUAGGUGUUUGUUGUCUCAUGUUAUUGAUUUUUGUUUGUUUGUUUGUUUAAAUGUCUCCCUGCACAUACCUCUUCCUGUGUGCUCUCUGUGGAACUCGCAUCAGCACCACUCCACACACCUGAAGAGCCUCAAAAUGGCUGCCAAGAUGGCCACCCAAGCCCAUCUGGCUUUACUCCUGCUUUCUGCUCCCCCCUUCUUGUUCCUCAGUCCUGCACUGGAAACCCCCCAACCCCCCCCCCCACCCCCUGACACACACACACACACACACACACACACACACUAAGCCUUUUCCAUGCUUGCUUUACCAUGCACCAUCUGUACUGACUUCUUGUUUCCUCAUUGAAGUUGUCAUCCAUUUAUUUCAAAGGAACUGGCUGAGUUUAGGCUGAUCCCAGUAACUAGCCUGUAGCCACCACACAUAGGUUAGACACUCAGAAGAGGGAACUAAUGGACUCCUUGAAACUUCUUCAGCUCGUCUUCAGCCUCAGUUCUACAUUUUUGUUGUUAUGACAUUGAUUUAUUUUGAAAGCACAACUUGGAAGAGUGUCAUGGUAUGGUGAUCACAUGGAGAAAACUGUUGAAGCCCCCUCUCUGGACAUGGACUGAUGUAAAGUUUAUUCCUACCCAUCAUCACUUCACAAAUGUUCACAUUCACAGCUUUACAUGUCCUUCACUGAUUCAAUCAUUUAAAUUAUUUAAAUGUUCUGAUUAUUAUUUGAAAGAGAAAAGCCCAUCAUUAUGCAUGCAUGUUUGGAGUGAUAUAACUCCAAGGUCAUCAUUCAUCUGUCUGUCUGCAGUAUUCCAGUCAACAUCUGGGUUGCACUCUAAACUAACAAAGCUGGAACUGUGUGUGUGUGUGUGUGUGUGUGUGUGUGUGUGUGUGUGUGUGCAGGUGUGUGUGUGUUUGUUUUUAAUCAUGUACAGUUACACCAUGGUGGCGGUGUGCAGUCAUACACCUCAGUUGUAAUCAUAAGCCCUGCUGAUACCCCCCUGCCCCCCAAACCCCUUUGCCACCUCUAUAAUAUGUCAUUCAAUUCUGUUGGUUUUUUUAUGAAUUGAGGAAAAACUCUGGGUCCCCGACUGUUGCUGGGCCAUAGUGCAGUGACUUAAGCAUAGCAAGCAGAAGGUCAUGGACUCUUUUAGGAGUAGUCUGGAGGAAUGUCUUGCCCCAUAUAUUCCUCAGCCACCAUAAAGAGCACCACCCAAUCCCACCCUCCCUCCUUCUUACCCCCCUCAGCCCGAACCCCAGCCCCCCUCGUUCUUAUUUGUAAAUACUGUAAAAUGCAUUUUGAUAUCAUUGACAUGUUUUGAUAUGUCUGUCACUACCAAUGACUACAGCUUACAAAAUGAUGAUGAUAAGAGUAUAAAAAUCAACUGUCCAUGUUUUCAUUUUUUAAAAGAUGGUAGAGCUUCAGAAACUGCAGCCUUUCAGAUAAAAUCACACAUUUCAAAGAGUUUUCUCUGUCCCUUGAGAAAGCUCCAACACCAGGAAUCUCUUGUAAUGUAUCACAUUAUGACAUUCAUGGAAAAGCUUUCACCUGUAAGCAGAAUAGGGUGCAGUAUUGCUGUCCAAAACAAGCAGAGUGGGGGCUUUUAUUAUAGCCAUACUUGACCCGGAUGCAUGUUGGCCAGCAGACUGUUUCAACUCAUACGCUUAUAUCUGCAUCAGUGGGUCUGACCUCUUUCUCCCUGACAACCCUCGUCUUUGUUGUCAACCAGAGGCGUAGGAAGCAGGGGAACAGGAGCCCAAUCCCAACCUCAGUACGGUCAUGUCUGACAUCUGAACCAGUUAUGCCCACAACCCACAUCAAGCUACAAAUAAUCUGUCAUUGUUGUUGAUUGUUGGCAAUGAUGAUAAAGUCAAUAACAGGCUUAACACACUCUGUGGGCCUAUAACAAUGACAGGAACACCAUUUUGUGAAAAUAUGAAGGAUGUUGUGUUGCUAAAUGGAACACCACAAGAAUAUAUUUAUUCUAAGUGUAAUGCCAAGUUCUCUGAUCCGAUGGAAAAGCCUUGUAUAGACUGAUGCUCACAGAUACUGUCAGUUCUCUCUGUUAAGCUGUUGGCCAUCUCUGUAAUUCUAUUGUGCUGUAUAAUAGUGUAAUAUUAGAAUGGAUUUGGGCGGGGGAUGGGGAAGUGUGUAUUGUGGACUGGGGGAGGGGGGAGGUUGUUGAGGGAAGGGUUGAUUUGAAUCUCAUGUACCGUUCAUUGUUCUAUUUGGCGGCACGACAGUAUUUAAUAUGAAGCAGUCUGUCUCUUUAGGUUUGCUUUGUAUUUCAUGGUAGGGUAGCUUUGAUCUUUGUCUUAGGGACUUAGGUGUCUUGUGUAGGUAAUAAAGAUGUCCUUUGUAUGUUUCUUUAUAUUGUAAAGUUUCUUUAGACUGAACGGGAAAAUUUGCUUAUCAAAAAAAGACUGCAUCAAUAAUAAAUGUAAUUUGAUAUUU